AUGACAGCUGUGCUGGGGCGAGCUACACGGCUCGCAUGCUCCUUCUACCGCGGUGGCACGUCCAAGGGCCUGCUUUGGUCCACCUCGACCCUCGCUCCGUUCGCGCCGUUGGUGCGCGACCGUAUCAUCUGCCACGCCAUGGGCUCGCCCGAUCCCGACAAACGUCAGAUCGACGGUCUGGGCGGCGGCAUCAGCUCGCUUUCCAAGACUGCCGUUGUGGGCGCGCCGGAUUCGAAGCUUGGGAGGCUACUCCAAUCGCGCGGGGCAUCGUUUGCCGGAGUGGAUUUCGCCGACGACGAACAACUUGCUUCUCGCCGCGAGGGAGGAUGGGAUCUGGUGUAUCGUUUUGGUCAGGUGCCUGUCGAACGGGGUACAGAGGUGGAUUGGACAAGCACCUGCGGCAAUCUCGUUUCGGCCGUCGCACUCUUCGGCCUGCACGAGGGGCACGUACGACAGUCUAGGAUCGCAGAAGCUUUCCAAGAGGUGGUGGGCAGGCAGGCCGAGGUGGGCGACCGAUUUGCGUUUCCGGCACGCCUGCUCGUCGCUUGCUCGGGGCAGAUCGUGCGUGCCAAUGUACCAGUCACCCUGCAUGCUGUGGGAGAAGAGACAACGUGGUGGCCAGACUUGGAAGGGGAUGUAAGCAUAUCAGGCGUGCCGGGAAGUGCACCGGGGAUCCUCAUCGAAACUCCCCUCGGCUCGGACUUGCUUCCGACGGGAAACCAGUCCGAUGUAGUUGACGUCGACGGGGUCGAAUACCGCGUGUCGGUGAUCAACGCCGGACUGCCCACGAUCUUUAUUGCGUCCGACUCGCUUCGUUCCGUACUGGACCCGGAUCGACUUGCUGUGCUAUCACCAGCACAGUUGGAUGCCGAUGUUGCCCUUAUGGCGCUUUUGGAUAGGCUGCGCGUGGGGGCGGCCCAGCUGACACCGUGGUUGAGCAAGACACUCAGUCCGUCGGCACCCAAGAUCUGCAUCGUCCAUCCGACCCCGCCACAAGGCUACUGCACGACCGGCGGUGAAAAGGUCGCCAAGGAGGAUAUGGAUCUGCUCAUCCGCGCAGUCAGCGUGGGCAACUUGCACCGCACCGUCCCUGCAACUUGUCUAUCCGCACUCGCUGCUGCAAGGGCGUUCCCGCAGUCGACCAUCGAACAAUCCGUCCAAGCAAAGCCAAUGCAAGGGCAGGAGGAGAUCCUUUCCAUUCGCGUCGGUCAGCCGGCCGGAGUCUCCGAGGCAAGCGUCAGAAUCCGCCCCGCCUCAGCGGAUGAACAAACCAAGGGCUUGCAGAGUGUACCCGAGUCGAUCGUGUACUAUCGCACCGCGCGCAGAAUCAUCCAGGGUCUGGUCGAUGUUCCCCCCUCCAUUUUGCAAUCCUAG